AUGAGUGAUAGCGAGAACGAAGUUCUGGCUAACUAUAGAAGAAAAGGAGUGAAAACAUCAUCUCAAGAAGCUACCAACAUGCCAGCAAGGCCAGCUGCAAAUGCUGUAGCCACUCAGGCAGAUCUUGCUGGGGUAUGUCAGGUGGUGGCACAGCUUCUUCAGCAGCAGCAGCAGACGCAGCUCUCUUGCCGACCGGUAUCGUCCACCGAUACCUAUUAUGAGAAAUUUCGGAGGCUGCACCCUCCAAUGUUUGAGGGAGGUGCUGAUUAUUUGGCUGCGGAGGCCUGGAUUCGGGAGAUAGAGGAGAUGUAUGAUGCCCUACAAUUUCCCGAGGAGGUCAAGGUCAAAUUGGCGGUUCCUAUGCUCAGAGGAAACGCUAAGUUCUGGUGGAUAGCUAUGAAGGCUGCUGUCCAAGGAAAUGGUGAACAACUGACAUGGGAGGAAUUUAAAGGUAAAUUCUACAACCAAUACUUUCCUCAGUCAGUGAGAUUGGUGAAGCAGAACGAAUUCUUGGCCCUGAAACAGACCGAGAAUAUGACAGUUUUGGAAUAUGCCAGCAAGUUUAAUGAGUUGGGCAGGUUUUGUCCUCAGUUUAUGGAGGAGGAGAUAAGUAAAGCUAAAAGGUUUGAACAAGGCCUGAGAUAUGGGAUCAGGUCAAGGUUGGCUGUUCUGCUUUUCACUAGUUACCAGGAUGUGUUGGAAAGGGCUUUGAAAUUAGAAGCUGAAUUGAACAGGACAGAAAAGGAAAGAGAUGAGCUGAAAAGGUCUAGGGCAACCGGGGAUCAGAAUGCAAGGCCAAGAAAUUCUGGAGAAAAUGCAAACAAGAAGAAGAAAUUCGGGGUCUGCAAGUUCUGUAACAAGUCACAUGGAGGACCUUGCUUUAAGAAGAUGGGAGCUUGUUUUAACUGUGGUCAGGUUGGGCAUAUUGCACGUGAUUGUCAGCAGAAGAAGAAUGACCUCAGGCCCUACUGGAUCAGGGGAUCAGAAGCAGAAGGGGACUGCUCGGGUUUUUGCACUGACUCAGCAGGAUGUUAG